CCCUCUCUCGGAACUCGAUGGUUGCGGCCUUGCUUGGAGUCUCCGGUCCCGGAGCCUGAGGGGAAGCGGGAAGGGGAAAAGGAAAGAGGAGAAGGAAAUGAGCUGCAAUGUCUGAGGGCUGCCAGGGGAGCUCCUUGGCCUUUGGCCAAGUGGUCAUCGGGCCACCAGGCUCUGGGAAGACCACCUACUGCCUGGGAAUGCAGGAAUUCCUGGGCAGGAUCGGGAGGAAGGUGACAGUGGUGAACCUGGACCCUGCCAACGAGGUUGUCCCCUACCCCUGCUCCCUGGACAUCUCAGAGCUCAUCACUCUGCCUGAUGUGAUGGAGAACCUCAAGCUGGGGCCCAACGGGGGUUUGCUCUACUGCAUGGAGUACCUGGAGGCCAACUCUGACUGGCUGCACCAGAAACUGGCAGCUUCCAAGGGCCACUACUAUUUGUUUGACUGCCCGGGGCAGGUGGAGCUCUACACCCACCACAAUGCCCUGAAGAAUGUUUUCUCCCAGUUGGCCAAAUGGAAUUUCAGGCUGGCUGCUGUCCACCUGGUGGAUUCUCACUACUGCACAGAUCCUGGGAAGUUCAUCUCUGUCCUCUGCACCUCCCUCUCCACCAUGCUGCACGUGGAGCUUCCCCACGUCAACGUCCUCUCCAAGAUGGAUCUGCUGGAGCAGUACGGGAAGCUGGCUUUCAACCUGGAUUAUUACACAGAAGUCCUGGACCUCUCUUACUUGGUUGAGCAUUUGGCUUCUGAUCCUUUCUUCAGGAAUUACCGGCGCCUCAACGAGAAGUUGGUGGAGGUGAUAGAGGAUUACAGCCUGGUGUCCUUUGUCCCCCUCAAUGUCCAGGACAAGGAGAGCAUGAGGCAGGUGAUGCAGGCAGUGGACAAAGCCAAUGGCUAUUCCUUUGGAGACCAGGAGCACAGGAGCCUGGAAGCUCUGAUGUCAGCAGCAGUGGGAGCUGAUUUCCACUUCACUUCCACGCUGGCAGUGCAGGAGAGGUAUGUGCAAUCUCAGGACAAAACCGUGGAAGAAGAAGCCAUGGAGCUGUGACACACCCAGCGCUGCCGCAGCUCCCGGCGCCUUUCACACCUCUCCCUUUUCCUGCCAGGAGCUCGAAGGGAUCUCUGCAUCCCAUGACUCAGACCAAGUGAAAGCCUUUCCAGGCUCCUGGGCUGCCUCUUGGUACAGCUGUGACCCCUGGCUGGGCAGAGCAGUGGUUGGGCAGGAUGGGUGCAAGGAGAGUUGGGGUCAUUAGAACGAGCAAGGCUGAGCCAGGGUUUGCCAUGGUUAGCAAAAAGAGAGGCAGGGUAAAGGAGUUUUGCCAAGGUUCCUCCUCCCCAUCACGACCAAGAUAAAUCCAGAAAAAGAGGAAUCAGCUGGAACUGCCUCUUCUGCAGCCAGACUUGAGGCAGAAGUUUGGGGUUUGCUGCCUUGGAGGAGCCCGCUUGGACCUCGAGCUCAGAGGAGCUGAGGAGCUUCCCUGUGCUAAGCAGGACAGAAAGGUGGUUGGCUUUCUGGUUUUUUGUUUGUUUUUUUGAAAUAAUGAUGGACUCUUUCUUAAUAAAACACUCCUUGGUCUGGC